AGGACACAGCCAGCCGGGGAGACAGCGCGAGGGGUGUGAUGGCCGGACGCACCCUGACUCGGUCAUGCAUCUCCAGAUAUCCGCCGGGGCUUCUGCUGGCUUUUCCUCCUGAUCCCCUUCAGCCCUCAUCAAUGUCCUCCCUGUGUGUCUCCGCGAGACUGCCUGCCUCCCUGCCACCGCGCUCUCUGAAUGGAUGCUGCUGUCAAAACACAUGUGUGGCUUGGAAUGAGAUCCCAUGAUCUGGACUGGACUGCACACAGCUUUGGGUGCACUGUACCAUGCAGCUUUAGGUUGAUGCUAAGGAUUUUUCAAAGACUUUUCUUCCUUCACUUUGCAGCUGCUGGUUAUUACAUUCUUGGUGACGUAUGACGCGGGGCAAUUGUUUUUCUGACUGAAUCAUGAUUUUUGCUCGGGCACAAUAUGAAUGAGGAGGUUGAGCUGAACAGCAUAGAAGAUGGGGGAGCUGCACAUAAAAAUAAGGUCAAGUAAAUAAUUACCAGCAGGGAUGAGGCAACAGACACUAUAAUGAAGAUUUAUUUGCCUCAAUAGCUGCAUACAUAUGCAUUGGAUAGAUAUAAAAUGGAUGUUUUCUAGGAACAAAAGAGCUGCUUGAAGGUGUGUUGAAGGUUGUGAGGAAGAGAGGCGUUUUUUUUUUCUUCUUAAUUCCAGAGAAAUGGAAAGCACAGUGAGUGAAGCAGUCCGUGACUGAAAUUAAAAUCUGAAACAGAGGUAUAGGGAGUGGGGGGAUGGAUGAAACCAGUAGCAUCUCUGCUGCCGUAUCUUCUGAGGGAAAACUUAAUCUCCCUCCCUGUAAGUUUUUAGUCUGUGUCUUGCUGUCAAGUCCUUUGGAGGAGUCACAUCUCAACGCCCUGGUGAACUGUCAGUUGUCCAUGUCGCUCUGUUUGGCUUCAUUCAUCUCCUGUGUGUCCACUGAAGCCUGACCACAUGAGCGGAGGCGGCACCCUGCAGCAACGCACCACCUACCUCAUCUCCCUCACCCUGGUCAAGGUAGAGGCUGUGGAGGAGAAUGGAGGGGAGGCCAAAAAGAGCGCCCAGGGGAAAGGGGCCCCUGCUGGGCCGGGGACCGAGUCAAGGGAAAGGGGUGGCGAAGAGGCCGGGGCAAGAGCAGAGGCUGAGGGUGGAGCUCUGCCAAGGGCCGAGAACGGAGCUGGAGUUGUUCAGGGACAACCCCAAAGUGCUGAUGAUGCUGCUAUUUCGAAGGGGGGCAAAGUUACUGAACUCAAAGAGGAAGAAAGAAAAGCCCUCAGCCCAUUGAAAGACAAGGUACCCUCCAUUGUUGAUGUUCCAACUAAAGCAAGUGAAAAGCCACCAAGCAAUCUCUCGAUCCCCUUACCUGCCGAGAGAGCGGCAACUCAGAAACCGAAGUCUGCGGAAACAGACACAAGAGUAGAGAAGACACUUUCCACCUCAGAAGCCAAGCAAUGCAGAUCUCCAUCACUGAGCAGCGCAUCACCAACAGAGCCAGUCGAGCCCUGCCGCACCCCGACCAGGAGCAGCCUCGCUAUCCGUCCAGUCGGACAGCGGCCCAUGAGUCUGCUGAAGUCCCACAGCAGUGUGGCCACCCGUGGCCGGGACUCCAGGGAGGGAAGGGAGCGCAGCCCCACCUCGGCCCAGAGUCUGGACCGGAAGGACUGCCGGAUGCCGACGCGUUCGCCGGGCCCCUGCAGGGCCUCGUGGGCCGAGGCCAGCCGGGCCGAAGGAUGGAGGGACGAGGCCGAGCUCGCCCAAGCCAGAAUGCCACUGGAGAUUGGAGGAGGGGUGGCCGUCAUGGUGCGAGACAUCCCAAGGAAGGAAAGGCUGAAGACAGGUUCGGCCUCUUUGCCCGCUCCUGCUAGCCAGGUCCCCAAACCACCACGGAAGGGUAAAAGCCGCACCCUGGAUAACAGCGACCUGAACAGCCUUUCUGAAGACCUGGGGCUGGCCAGGGAGGCCCAGGCACAGCACGGCCAGGGCCAGCGAGGCUCCGCCAAGGAUCGGAAGAUGCUCAAGUUCAUCAGCGGGAUUUUCACCAAGAGCAGUUCUGGGGCUGCGGGGUCGGCGUCCACGGCACCUCCUGUCUAUAUACAGAGAGAUUCCAGUGAGGAGGAAGUAAAUAUCGCCAACAGCCAGGAGUGGACCCUCAGUCGAUCUAUCUCAGAGCUGCGACUGGGUAUUCUGGGAAGUCUUAAAAGUGGCAAGUCAGCGCUGGUGAACAAAUACAUUACAGGCAGUUAUGUGGCGCUGGAGAAGCCUGAUGGCGGCAGGUAUAAAAAGGAAGUGCUGGUGGAUGGACAGAGUCAUUUAUUACUGAUCCGGGAGGAAGCUGGACCACCUGAUGCACAGUUCAGCAGCUGGGUGGAUGCAGUGAUCAUGGUCUUCAGUCUGGAGAAUGAGGCCAGCUUCCAGGAGCUCUACCAGCUCUACAGCCAGCUCAGUGCACACCGCUCCGACAUCCCAGUCAUCGUGGUCGGCACCCAAGACAAAAUCAGUAGCACAAACCCUCGUGUGAUUGAGGAUCAGAGAGCCAGGCAGCUGUGCCUCGACGUGCGCCACUCGCUGUUCUACGAGACCUGCGCCACCUAUGGGUUCAAUGUUGACCGGGUGUUUUCUGAGGCUGCCCAGAAGAUUGUGGCUCAGAAGAAGCAGGCAGCCCUGCUGGCCUCCUGCAAGUCUCUCCCUAACUCCCCCAGUCACUCUGGAGGCUCUACACCUGGGUCAGCCACUUUCCCCGGCCAGGCCAGUAAUGGUCAGAGUGCCGACUACUCCUACUCUCUUCCCUCCACCCCUGUGGUUGGCCACAGAGAGCUGCGGGUUGUACCGGGGGGAGAGGGGGGAGGUAGUGUCAACUCACGUUCCCUGAAGAACAUCCCUCAUAGAAGGCCCUCCCUCUUCAAGAACCGCGAGUCAGAAAAAAAGACGGCUGAUCCUAAAGGCGACCUGGGCAGUGGACGGGCCAUUCCUAUCAAACAGAGCAUCCUGUGGAAGAGAAGUGGGAGCUCUCUGAAUAAGGAGUGGAAGAAGAAAUACGUCACCCUGUCCAACAAUGGCACCCUGUCUUACCACUCCAGCUCCAGCGACUACAUGCAGAAUGUCCACGGGAAGGAGAUCGACCUGCUGCGUGUGACAGUGAAGGUUCCUGGGAAACAUCCUCCAAGAGCUGUAGCUCCUGCCGGGCCCUCCACCGGCCCCUCCCCCGUCCCCAGCGGCCCAGUGGCGGGAGUCAACGGGCUGAGCAAGGAGCUGGCAGCCCCUGACAGCUCCAGCACAGGUCCUCAGUUGUGUCCAGCCAACCUGUCAGUAGCCGACGACAGGUCCGGUGGUCUGUCCCCUCAAGGCGGGGAGAGAGGACUUCAGCGCUGUCCCUCCUCACUGUCCACCAAGGCACAAAGCGUCGAUGCCCUUGAGGGAACGGCCAAUCCCUUUGCGGGAAAAGACCCGGGCCAAUCAUCUCCCAUGAGCGACAGGAAGAAGAACAGGAGGAAGAAGAGCAUGAAUCAGAAAGGAGAUGCGGCUGUGGGUCAAGCUGAAGCCAAACGCAAAAUGUGGAAAUUAAAGAGCUUUGGUAGCUUGAGAAACAUUAAUAAGACAGAGGAGGAGAAUGCAUACUUUAUUAUAGUGUCGUUUACUGGGCAGACGUGGCACUUUGAGGCCCAGAGCCUGGAGGAGAGGGACGCCUGGGUGGCGGCCAUAGAGAGCCAGAUCCUGGCGAGCCUGCAGUCCUGCGAGAGCGGCAGAAACAAGGCACGGAGGAGCAGCCAGAGUGAGGCAGUAGCCUUGCAGGCCAUCCGUAACGCCAAGGGCAACAGUCUGUGUGUGGACUGCGAAGCACCAAAUCCCACGUGGGCCAGCCUGAACCUGGGUGCGCUCAUCUGCAUCGAGUGCUCAGGGAUCCACCGGAACCUGGGGACCCACCUGUCUCGGGUGCGCUCGCUGGACCUGGACGACUGGCCGGGGGAGCUCACACAAGUCCUGGCUGCCAUCGGAAACCACAUGGCCAACAGCAUCUGGGAGAGCUGCACGCAGGGCCGAACUAAACCCACGCCCAACGCAACACGUGAGGAGAGAGAGACGUGGAUCCGUGCCAAGUAUGAGCAGCGGGUGUUUGUGGCGCCUCUUGUGUCAGUCUCGGGUCUCCAGCACACGGAGGACGGCGGCUCCAACAGCAUGUCGGGGUGGCUGCUGUCUGCGGUGACUGAGCGAGAUCUGCCCAGGCUGCUGCUGCUCCUGGCCCACAGCACCAAGGAGCAGAUCAACGCCCAUCCGGCCGGGUCGCCCUCGCUGCCUCGCACGGCCCUGCACGCUGCCUGUCAGCUGGGAGAUGUAGUCAUGACCCAGCUGCUCGUCUGGUACGGAAGUGACGUGAAGGCAAAGGACAACCAGGGUCAGACGGCCCUGAUGAUGGCCAGGAAAACAGGGAGCAAAGGGUGUGUUGAUAUCCUCCUCCAGCACGGCUGCCCCAACGAGACGUCCCCCACCACUGCCACCCCUGUCCUGUCCCGCCGGUCCAGCACCGCCAGCCUGGGCCGCACCAACUCCAGGAAACGGGUGUCGUAGCUCGGCCUGAGGAUGCUCCCGGUGCAGCAUGCAGACGCGCGCCACACACGCACACACACACACACACACGCACACGCACACACACACACAACCUUACAUGGAUACAGGCAGAGCGGACACUUUGGGCAGGGCUAGAGGACUUGCUAUAUAAUAACUAAGGAGAAACCCUUCUUCUUGUUUCUGAAGACUGAACAACAUAUCAAACAACUGAAAAAGCAAUAUCCACUCAAUUCGCCGACGAUAGAUAACAUUGCUGAAAUGUGUGUUGCUGUUGACCUCAUUUCCCAAUGACUCAAGUAGAACUUUGUAGCCGUCUUUAGUAAAUUUUAGAGCAGACACUGUUACUGCUUCAGUUUCACUUCCUCUGACAGAAGUGCAAUAAUCCAGCCAUCAUGAUGGGCGGACGACGAGUUGUUUGAGACUGAAAGUGGAUAGAGCAAAAUGUGUCGGCUGGCUGUCGUGAGAGAAUACGGUUGAGGAGGCGAUGCUUUCUCCAAAUUUGUUGUGACUGGACCAAAACAGCUAUUUUUCUUUGGCUUUACAAAUAAAGUAUAAACAUACAGUAUGUCAUGUUGUUAGUUAUGUGUGCCUGUUGCAACAGUACAAUGGUCGAUUCGGCCGAUAUAAAUUGUUUUCCAGUGAUGAACCAAUUGAAAUAAUUAUGGCAUUCUACUUAGACUAGAAAACUGAAUGGUUUUGAAAUAUGAAAUAUGUCAGUGUUACUCUCACAGGUUAAAGAUAUGAUGUUUUACUAUGCUGUAAAUGUACCUACUACAUACUGUACUUAAUGUUGAACUCUGUAACAAACAUACAACUUAAAAAGUCGGAAAGAAUAAGACCCAAUUUUGUAAAUGGUUUCUUACUAGUAGUUUUGAAAAUAUAUGAUUGUCAAGUUUGUUUAUUCAUUGUCUUUUAUAAUUUCUUAUUCUCAUGUCAUAACAGCAUAAAACAGUAUUCGGAUGCUUUUACAUGUACGAACAUGGCUAUUUGUUGAACGUUUUAUUUGGGACAGCCAAGUUUAUGACAUUAGAUAAUGCAGGAACAUAAUCACGAAUAUCAUUGUUUUAUAGGUCUAUGCCAUGAAUUUCCAUUGCGCUAUGAUGAGUUUACAUAGCAAAACGGGGCAUCAUUAUUACUUUUGACACUGUGGGUCAUGUGAUUCCGUCAUGAGCUAAAAGAAAUG